AUGGGAAGGCUGACUUGCCUUCAGACGCUAGAGUUCUUUAAUGUGGGUCGAGAGAAGGGUCGACGAAUUGGAGAGCUUGGAAGCUUGAAGAACCUCAAAGGCAAAUUGAGGAUACGCAAUCUGGAACUAGUGAAGGAUAGAAAAGGAGCUGAAAAAGCAAAUCUAUUUGAAAAGGCUAAUCUAUUUGAGCUGGAACUUAAGUGGGCCCCUGUUCGAGAAGGCGACGACUACAAUGACGAAGAUGUGUUAGAUGGCCUUCGACCCCACCAAAAUUUGGAGGAGUUGGUAAUUUGGUAUUUUAUGGGCAAUCAAUUUCCUCGAUGGUUAAUGGAUUUGCCAACAACAACAACACCUCCCAAGUUAGCGUGUUUGGAAUUUAAUCGCUGCAACAGAUGUAGAGAACUCCUUCCCCUGCAAAACUUUACGUCUCUUAAAGAGCUGCAGAUUUAUAAUUGCAAUGGGUUGACGAAUCUGCCAGGUGACAUGCUACACUCUUGUGCCUCUCUCCAGAAGCUUCGAGUGGUUGGUUGCGACAAUCUUAUCUCCUUUCCGCUUGAUUUGCAACAAACGCCUUCUCUCAUGGAGCUGGAAUUACGGAAGUGUCCCAAACUGAAAACAAGCAUGACGCCCAAAGGAUUUGGUUUCCUAACCAGCUUAAGGGAUCUUACAAUUGGUCCCUUCUCAGAUGACGGUGAUGAUCAUGAAAAUUCUUUAAUUUACAAUGAAUUUGAUUGGUCUGGAUUGAUAUCCUCCUCUUCGUCAUCCGCACUCCGUGAAUUAGAAUUAUAUGGGUUGCCACACAUGGAGUCCCUGCCACAUCAGAUCCAAUACUUGACCACUCUGACGUCACUAACGCUACUUGACUUUGGAGGUAUAAAAGCUCUGCCAGAUUGGUUCGGAAACUUUGCGGCUCUUGAAGACGUGCACUUAUGGUUUUUCAAAGAGCUUCGACAUCUACCCUCUGAGGAUGCCAUGAGAAGUCUCACCAAACUAAAAGUUCUGCAGGUUUAUGGUUCUCCUCUGUUAAAAGAAAGAUGCACUCCUGAGAGCAGCGGCCCGACUCCCAGUGGUCCAAAGUUUCUCACAUUCAACUCCUAG